GCGCAUGCGCAAUCUCUGGACGCAGACGAGAAUUGGAAGGGGAGGAUUUGCAAACGGGGAACUCAAACCAAACACGUCAAGAUCUGACAGUCACUCGAUUCAUCAGGACCUGAAUAUCAUUGGUCUUUGAAUGUGGAGGGAGAAAUGUUUGUCUGUUCCGUCUGUGGGAAAAGAUUUCAAACAUCAGUGUGACUGGAACGAGAGACACACACACACCCGAGUGAGAGUGUUCCAGUGCACUGACUGUGGAACGAACUUUAACCAGUUACACAGCCUGAAAAGACAAAUCACACCGUUCAUAGCAGAGAAACUGUACACGUGUUCUCUGUGUGGACGAGGCUUCAACUUAUCAUCCAACCUGGAGACACAGAGACACUUGAACAUGGAGAAACCGUGGAAAUGUGAGGACUGUGGGAAAGGAUUCAAUUACCCAUCCCAGCUGAAAAACCAUCGACGCAGUCACACCAGGGAGAGGCCGUUCACCUGCUCCGAGUGUGGGAAGGGGUUCACUCAGUCAUCCAGCCUGCUGACACACCAGCGAAUUCACACUGGAGAGAGGCCAUUUACCUGCCCUGAGUGUGGGAAGGGAUUCACUCGGUCAUCCCACCUGCUGAGACACCAAUGGCUUCACACUGGGGAGAGACCAUUCACCUGCUCUGAGUGUGGGAAGGGAUUCACUCAGUCAUCUGACCUGUUGAUACAUAAGCGGAUUCACACUGAGGAGAGACCAUUCACCUGCCCUGUAUGUGGGAAGGGAUUCACUGGGUCCUCUGAACUGGUGAAGCACCAGCAAGUUCACACUGGAGAGAGACCGUUCACCUGCUCUGAGUGUGGGAAGAAAUUCACCCAGGCAACUAACCUGUGGACACACCAGCGAGCUCACAACUGACUCCAGAGUUUGGAUUCUGCUGUUAUUGCUGCUGUUAAUAACACCAAAAACUGAACCUUCUUCAUUCUGAUAGCUGGGGUUUGUUUCUGCUGAUGUUCACAAUCCCUGUAACUGGGCUGAAAUUUAAUGUUCUGGAUCCAUAGCUGAUUGUGUUCUCGGGGCUGCAGUGGACCAGGAGGCUCCACAAAUAUCUCCAUCCUCAAUGAUGGAGGAGCCCAGCACAUCAGCAUGAAGCAUUUGCAGCAAUAAUCAGCCAGAAAUACCUAAUCGAUCCAUCUCGGCCUCAUCUGGAGUUCGCCGGGAUCACAGAUAUCAGCCAAUUCAAAUUAAUCCACAUGGUAUUGAGCAAUGAUUGUCGGCACUAGAUACCGCAAAGGCUCUGGGCCCUGACAAUAUUCCGGCAAUUAUACUGAAGACUUGUGCUCAAUGCCGCACCCAUAGCCAAGCUGCUCCAGUACAGCUACAACCCUGGCA